AUGCCAGCACUCUGUUAUUCAGAAGAUACCAAACUUAAUGAUGCCCUCCGGCUGGGAUUACUUCUCGACAACGCUUUCACAACUGAUGCAUUGGUCAAAUUAGAGCUAGACAAUCUAGAUUUGGAGGAUGAAUUACCGACUGAUCUUAUUGAAGCUUGGAGAGAGUCAAGAUUAGAAGCACUUAGUGGGGCAAAUGCAGUGCGACGAGAAGCAAUUUGCCACAGUCUCAACACCUUAUCGCUCAACUGGGGCGAUUAUCUUUCCUAUAUCCGACAACACAUUGUUUAUGAUAGCCGUAACCAGUAUGUAGGAAUCGGUGGUGGUGGAAACACACAAGGCACGCAAUUCAAGCGAUUGGUGACUUAG